UAUGAAUUUUACAGUAAUUUCAUUUAGACUGACAUAAAACACAAACUAUAUUCACGCAAUUCGGUUUUAUAUACAAGAAGGAUGGACGCGACGACGUGUCUGAAGUCUCUGCUGUUGGCCAUCAAUCAGUACAAAAAUAACCGAUGUGGAGCCAACGCGGCGCAGCUGCAGAGGCAGGUCGAUGACGUGGCAGGGCUGAAAGGUGCCAGGCUGCUGGUGUCCGGCCAGGUGCUGCCCAGCGAGUGCCUGAGUGGCCUGGUGGAGCUGGUGGGAGACCCCAACACCAGCCCCGCCCUCAAAGGCACCAUCAUCACCCUGCUCGCCCAGCUCGCAUCAGACGAGGAGGCCAGAGGAGUCCUUCACAGCAGCUACAACCUCACAGGCGCGCUGGCCUCUGUUAUCCACUGCAACUGCGCCACCCCCAGGGAGCCUGUCGUACUACAGUGCCUGCAGGUUUUGCAGAGGAUCACCUACAAUGUGAGGAUGUCUCACUGCACCCCUUACAUGGAUGAGCUCGUAGCCUUCCUCGUGCAGCACGUCCAGUCCCCUAAUGAUGACAUCACCAUGCCAUGCCUGGGGUUGCUGGCCAACCUGUGUCGCUGCAACCUGUCAGUUCAGACCCACAUCAAGUCCCUGAGUCAGGUUAAAGCUUUCUACAGGACCCUCAUCAACCUCCUGGCACACAACAGCCUGACGGUGGUGGUGUUUGCCCUGUCCAUACUGGCCAGCCUGACGCUGAACGAGGAGGUGGGGGAGAAGUUGUUCCACGCAAAGAACAUCCACCAGACGUUCCAGCUCAUCUUCAACAUCAUCGUCAAUGGAGACGGAACCCUGACUCGCAAGUACGCCGUGGACCUUCUGGUGGAUCUGCUGAAGAACCCCAAAAUCGCAGAUUACCUCACCAGGUACGAGCACUUCUCCCUCUGUCUGUCCCAGGUGCUCGGCCUGCUGCACAGCAAGGACCCUGACUCUGCAGCCAAGGUUCUGGAGCUGCUGGUGUCUCUGUGCUCGGUGUCGGGCCUGCGCAGGGUGCUGGGCGGGGCCGUGUUCCGGGCCCCGGGGCCCCGCCUGCGGGCCGGCUCCCGGAGGGACCCGCAGGGCCGCGGGGCGGAGCCGGAGCCGGGCCCGGCGCUGCUGCACUGGGCCAGCCUGCCGCUGGACGGGCCGGACAGCUGCUACCUGCAGGCCCUGCUGCUGCUCACAGAGCUGUUCGAGGAGGUGAUAGACUCCGGGCUGUGUGGCUCGGCCGGCUCCUUCCUGGAGCAGCUGCUGCCGGUGCUGCUGGGGCUGCUGCAGGGGCCGGAGGCUGCCGGCUCCGAGCCGCAGGUGCAGCGUUUCUGCAGGAGGGCGGCGCGCGUGCUGGACCUGCUGCUCCUGCUGAGCACGGACGACUCGCUGAAGGUGCAGGUGGGUCAGCAGCUGAGCGCGCAGCUGUGCGUGUCUCAGGUGGAGCUCCUGCUGGCCAGCAGCCACAUGGACACCGGCCUCAGCUGCCCCGUCACCGCCUCCGGCCUCAGUCAGGUGGUUGCAGAGGUGGUUCUGAAGGUUCUGGAGCUGAUGAGCCGGUUCAGGCAGCUGGUCCGGGAUAUGGAGACCAGCUUCUACAGGAUCCUACAGGACCAGCGCGUGGUCACGCCCCUGUCCCUGGCUCUGACGUCGGACCGCCGGGAGCACGUGCAGACCGCACUCAGGAUCCUGCUGGAGGCCGCGCCCCUCCCGGAUUUCCCCGCCAUCAUUCUGGGCGAGAGCAUUGCUGCCAACAACGCAUAUCGGCAUCGGGAGGCGGAGCUGUCCAUGCCGGAGGUCGCUCCCACUUUGGGGCGGAGCUGUGCUCCCCUGAGUGCCGCCCCCCCGGGCCCCUCCCCUCAGAGCAUCCACAGCCUGAUCGAGAAGCUGCAGAGUGGCAUGGAGUUACAGGAGCAGGUGAAGGACGUGCGUGUUUCGGAGAUCAUGGAUGUGUACGAGCAGAAGAUCUGCGCCCUGGCGUCGAAGGAGGGGCGCCUGCAGGACCUCCUGGAGGCCAAAGCGCUGGCGCUGGCCCAGGCUGACCGGCUCAUCGCUCAGUACCGCUGCCAGAGAGCACAGGCGGAGGCUGAGGCGCGGAAGCUGGCGUUCCUGCUGAAGGAGGCGGAGCGCAGGAAGGAGGAGCUGCAGGGGGAGGUGAGCGGGCAGAUGCUGGAGGCGGAGAGAGCGAAGGCCGACAUCGAGCAGCUGCUGCAGCACAACAGCCGUCUGCAGGCCGUCUCCCAGGAGCACCAGACCCUGAAGGGCUCCUACAACGAGCUGCUGCACAGGUUUAAUGAGACCGACAGGAUGCUGAAGGAGCUGCAGACGGCUCACAUCACUCUGAACAAGCAGGCCGAGACCCUGAGGAAACAGAACGAUGGACUAAAACUGCAGCAGGACAGAAUUCUCGCCCAGCUGUCAGAGAAGGAGGAGCAGGUGAGGGGGCUGGAAACAGCCCUGCAGGAGAGAGAGCGGGAGAUCUCAGGGCUGCAGUGUGAGCUCGGACAGCAGGAGCAGAGGGUGAGGGAGCAGGAGAAGGAGAGAGAGGAGAUGGAGGAAUCCAUCGACCUGCUCAGGAAGGAGCUCAACAAGACGGAGCUGGCCAGGAAAGACGCCAGCAUCAAGGCCUCUUCCCUGGAGGUGCAGAAGUCACAGCUGGAGGCCAAGCUGCAGAAGAAGGAGGAGGAGCUGAGUAAACACUCACACAUGAUCGCCAUGAUUCACAGCCUGAGCAGCGGCAAACUGAAGAGCGACACGGUCAACCUGUCCCUAUGACCAACUCGCA